AUAGAUCCUAUGCGCAUGCUGUCAGAAUUAUUAGGAGCAGCUGGCCCUCUUUCGUGCGCCCCCAAGUCCAUCAGCACACAAGCUUACCAGAUUUGGGCCACAAGAUGCUUACACCCAAGAACCUCCCAGCAGAUGAUUGGCGCGGAGUAUCAGAUGCUAAGGAGCGGAGAAGAUUGCAGAAUAGAAUAAAUCAGAGAGCUUAUCGAUUCAAAAAGAGGCUUCAAAAAGGUCUCAUCUAUCCCAAUGGGCAAUGGCGCCCUGUGCAAGCAAAACAUCAGCCGAGGCAGUCACCCCGUCCCAUAGCAUCAAAGUCUACAGCGCCAGCGACUGUGCAAGACUUAGUAUCGGACAAAGAUGUGAACCAUGCACUGAUCCCGAGGAGCUCCGCUGCUGGUAUUAGUAAACCGUAUUACAGCUUAUCUAAGAGCGUCGAUUCUAGAACAGGCAUCAGCAAUGCUGAACUAUCUCGAUAUAUGUCGUCGUGGGCUGGAAAGGUCAGCACUCAGUGGCUCAAGUUACUCGACGUCCACAAGAAAGCGAUCUUGUUGCACGAGGUCGCCCGUUUUCACCACAGUUAUUGGCUCAAUUCGCCCUGUGCGGAUCAUCUGCUUUCUUUAACGAGAAUCAAUGUACAUCGCGCGUUUGUCCACAACAUGGUGGUGUUGGGGAUCACGUGGGAGUGGAUGCAGGACGACUCAAUCUCCCCGUUCGUAAUGGCACAGCCAGGAGGAUGCUUCAAAGAAGAUGCGGUCAUCCCUGCAAGGCUUAUACCGACGAGCCUCCAGCGUCGCAGCAUCCACCACACCUGGCUUGAUUUAUUUCCUUGUCCGAUCAUGCGAGAUAACUUGCUACAGGCGGGGAAUGACUGGGAUGACGAGGAAUUGUGCACCGACAUCAUGGGUUUCUGGGAUGGUACCUCUACGGGGCCUUUCGGGUUACUCAUCUGGGGCGAGCCUGCUGAUCCGAGGAAUUGGGAGGUCACAGAAGGGUUUAAGAGAAAGUGGCAGUGGACGCUGCAGGGAUGUGUAGAGUUGAAAUGGUCAACGAACUACUGGCGAGCAAAGAGGGGCGAGAAGCCGUUGUUCUCGAUGGGUUCGAUAUCUGCACAGCAGCAGAGGUCACUACACGAACGAUCACAUGUUUCUUCAGGUUACAAUGUACUGUCAGGGGUUCAUAUCCACUGA